AUGAAGGCUCCUCCAGUCAACUCGACCGUCAGCUCGAUCGAGUCCGACUCGAUCGAGUUGGAGCGUCGUGGCCUUGGAACUCUUCCUCCUUCUCUGCGUGUUGUCUUCUCCUUCCCUUGGCUCGAAAGAGAGGCUCUCCACAACAGAGGGGUUCAUCCUUGGAGCCUCAUACUCCUCAAAAUAAUAGCACUCAGGCUCACCCAAAUCCUCAUUCACUUGGCUGGUCCUCAACUCGAUCCUCAGCUCGAUCGAGUUCAGGCUCCUCUUCUCGCAAAUCUCUCAUGCCCAACUAAGUGUGAAGGGGGUCUGAAGUCAAUGUUCUACCCCUACAACUGUGGUGAGCUCAGGGUUGGGCAGAGAAGCUUGGAAGGGCCAGCCAAUGGAUGUACUUUAGUGAAGAAACAGAGUAACAAGGAUGACAACAGUGAGGGAAGCCGCGCUUCACAGAGGAGAAUGGUUGAGGAGGAGUAUGUCUACUCUGAGGAACAGUCUGAGAGUGAGAGGCUGAGGGAAGAAAGGAGAACCAAGAAGAGGAAUGACCCUAUAAGUAGUGAGAGUGAGCAAUGGGAGUUUGAGAUUGGAGUGAACCUUGUUCAAGAGGGGGAAAUGGCUCUCCAAAUGAGGAAGGCAGUGAGGAAACUGAGAGUGAUGAGGAAGGAGAAGAGGUGA